UUGGUCUCGAGUCGUUGCGGCGAGUGCAUCGUGUAAGAGUCAAGGUGCAACGAAGGCACGAAGCACCGCUUCUCUCACGCCGUUUCCCCACCGGAUCAUUCCUGCCGCGGGCAUUGUUAUCGAGGCGCAUCCGGUGGGAUCCUAAGAGCCGCGGUGCGCGUCGCGUACGCUCCGGAGUGCGCCGCGACACGUGUAGCCGUGCGGAUCGAGUGCGUCGCGCGUCCAACAGCCUUCGUAUCACACGUUAUCCUCGUGAUAGUUUUGGAUUAUUCACUGGAGAUGCGCCUCGUUACGCUAUAAGCCUAGCUUCAGUGUCGGCGGAGAGGUUUCUCCAGUGACGACAAAGAAAAGGAAAUAAAAAAAAGAAGGGCGAUGUUGUGAAAAAUAAACCAUCGGUUACGGAAUUUUCUUGCGUGUUAUACCUUUGCGAGGUUUGAUUCAUCGAUUUUCGAAACGCUGCGAGGGAAAACGCGCGCGACACUACUGAUAGAAUCGAUCGAGAGAAAGGGACAGAAGUGCGAAGAACACACGCGCACACAGAUCUCGUUGAAAAAUGAAGCAUGAGGGAAAUUGCUCGACGGCGGAAGAUUCCAAUGAAAUUUUGUUGCAACCCAGGAAGGGCUCGGCGGUGCGAUUGCAGAUCGUGGCGGCGCAGCCGAAGACGAUCACGCAUCUGCCGAAGAGGCCGCCGGUCGAUUUGGCAUUCACCGACCUUAUGUAUAAGGUCCGAGAAGGUCGCAAAAAUAAUGUGAAAACAAUUCUCAAAUCCGUUAGCGGCAGACUGCGAUCCAGCGAGUUGACAGCUAUCAUGGGCCCUUCAGGCGCUGGAAAGUCUACGCUCCUAAACAUCCUCACCGGAUACAAGGUAACAGGUGCAGAGGGCAGCGUUACGAUAAAUGGCCACGAAAGAAAUCUCAGUGCCUUCAGGAAACUCUCUUGCUACAUCAUGCAAGAUAAUCAGCUUCACAUGAAUCUAACAGUAGCGGAAGCUAUGAAGGUUGCAUCGAAUCUUAAACUUGAUUCGCACGUUAGCCAAGCAGAGAAAGAAGAAGUGAUUCGGGAAAUCCUUGAAAUUCUCGGCUUGUCUGAGCACCGCCACACUAUGACCUCGAACCUGAGCGGCGGUCAAAAGAAGAGGUUGUCAAUCGCUUUGGAAUUAGUGAACAAUCCUCCUAUAAUGUUUUUCGACGAGCCAACUAGCGGUUUGGACUCGUCAUCCUGUUUCCAAUGCAUCUCGUUAUUGAAAACCCUGGCACGUGGCGGCAGAACAAUAAUUUGUACCAUUCAUCAGCCCAGUGCUCGACUUUUCGAGAUGUUUGAUGCUCUCUAUACAUUGGCCGAAGGCCAAUGCGUUUACCAGGGUUCUACAUCGCAACUAGUGCCUUUCUUAAGAACAAUUGGCCUUAAUUGUCCGAGUUAUCAUAACCCGGCAUCGUUUAUCAUUGAGGUGUCGUGCGGUGAAUACGGCGAUAACAUCAAAAAUUUAAUCAAUGCGAUAAACAAUGGCAAAUAUGAUAUACGUGAAGGACAACCGUUUCCCGAAAUGAAAGAAGGAAUGAACAAUUGCACUGCUGCUGCAGAUAUCUUAAAGAACGGUGAUAACUUGGACAAAGUAAAAAUUAAAGAUAAGAAUGACAUCAGUAAUCUGGAGGAGAAGUUUUCGGAAGAAAAAUCUAAUGAGAUUAGUAAUGGAAAACUUAUUCCCAGCUAUGCUACUAAUGACAUUGCUAAACAAGCGUUAGAUGUGGCAAUAUCUGUGGAUUCGGAUAAGAAAGACAAUGCCAACAUAGCCCUGUUGGACGAAUCAAUCGUAGUAACGCCGGAGAGAUAUCCCAUCUCCGAAUUUAAGCAGUUCUACAUUAUUUUGAAACGCGCUUUACUCUUCAGUCGUAGAGAUUGGACACUCAUGUAUCUUCGACUCUUCGCUCACAUUCUGGUGGCGGCUCUAAUUAGCGCGCUGUAUUAUGAUAUCGGAAACGACGGCGCCAAAGUACUUAGCAACCUGGGUUUCCUGUUCUUCAACAUGUUGUUUCUUAUGUACACUUCCAUGACAAUCACGAUACUGUCCUUCCCGUUGGAACUGCCUGUGCUUUUAAAAGAGAACUUCAACAGAUGGUACUCUCUUAAAUCAUAUUACUUAGCGAUUACCAUUUCGGAUAUGCCGUUCCAGACUAUAUUUUGUAUAAUGUACGUCAGCGUCGUGUACUUCAUGACAAGCCAGCCAGCGGACGUAACACGGUUCUCUAUGUUCAUGGUUACCUGCUUACUGAUUUCUUUCGUCGCGCAAUCGGUAGGUCUCGUGGUUGGCGCGGCGAUGAACGUACAAAACGGCGUGUUUCUGGCGCCAGUGAUGUCGGUGCCUUUCCUCCUCUUCUCAGGAUUCUUCGUCAGCUUUGAUGCGAUCCCCGUUUACCUACGAUGGAUCACGUAUCUCAGUUAUAUCAGAUAUGGUUUCGAGGGAACGGCUUUGACUAUUUACAGCUACGGCCGUGAGAAACUGAAGUGUUUUCAGGUGUACUGCCACUUUAAGAAUCCGGACACGACUCUGGAGGAACUGGACAUGCUCGACGCUGACUUUACUUUGGAUAUUCUCGCUCUCCUGCUUAUCUUUGUCGUACUGCGAAUUGCCGCGUAUCUCUUUUUGCGUUGGAAGAUCAAGACCGCCCGAUAAAUCGCCAGCGCGUGUAAAUCUUGUAAAAUCAGAUGUGAUUGCAAGUGGAUGGACAGUCAGAGCAAGUGUUAUCUUCUACCGCGUAGAAUUGCGCGGAUAACAACGAACAUAUUUUUUGUAAUCGGUAAUCUCAAUGAUAUUUAAAAAUGACGAAUACGAAGUUCCGGUUCCGGCAUCUUACACAAGCAACAGUCAAGACACAAGGAACUUUACGCGAAUGAUGGAUUUUCGCGGCAUUCUUCGGUAAAAAAAAAAGCUCUCACGAGAAUUUUAUUCAACGUCAAAGAGACUCUGGUACGUCUCGAAGGUACCACAAAGUAUGACUUGUAUGACUUAUUUUUUUUUCGUGUUUUAGGGUUGCUGAAUUUAGUUAAUGUAUAGGAUCAAUACUAAUGUAACUUAUUUAUAUCUUUAAUUUAAUAACAAUGUCGGCUGGUAAUUACAAUUGUAACAUAUUUGUCCAGGGUACUAUUCUAUAGUAUAUACAUGUUUACGUGUAUAUAUAUAUAUAACGUGUAUUUACCCUUUUUUUACUGCAUCAGUACCAUUGAACUAUACUCUAACUGGAAUGGGCACUGCCAUAUAACGUCCGUAAGCGGAAAACGUGAUAGAAAUAGCAUAAUGCGAGGGGCCUCUCUUUUUCUAAGCGUCCUCUGCGCAUGUGUCAGCAUUCAGCUUACAUUUCUA